UCAUUUUGCGUGGCGCUUACAUAUCCCCGAAUGGAGGGGACUCCCAGCCAAAGUUGCUGGACCAAACCCUAACCAACCUUCACAGCGGCGGCGGCGGCGGCGGCAGGGGAAGAUGGAGCUGGUGGAUCUGGAGGGGAAGCUGGACAGCAACGAACCUAGCUUCAAGAGGCCGGAUAUGGAGAAGACCGCGGGGGAAGCGGUGGACAGCGGCGAUGCCAAGAGGCUGCGCGAGAGCAACCACGACCGUGCCAUCAAGAUGGACAUGGACGACGACGAGGAGGACGACGAGGUGGACAUGGAGCAAUACAAGCCGUUUGGCAUGUACUGCAAGAAUUGGAUCUACGUAUAUGGCGAUUGGGCCAAGUUCGACGACCCGACGGAUUUGCCCCCAAUGCGCCACACCGAUGGGCCGGUGCUGCCCCCGCGCGCUGAGCCUGUGGACACCAUGGAGAUCUUCUUUGUCAAGGUGGCUCAAAUCACUGGGGGCCUCCAGUGGCCGCUGGACGUCUAUGGAGACGUCGCCGUGCGCGACUCCCUGGACCACAAGCGCAACUACUUCUUCCGCAGACGCAGAGAGGACUGCCAGACACUCACCUCGCCGCAGGAUUCUCUCUUGGAACUUAGAGGCCCUAGCCGUGCAGUUCUAAUGCUGGACCCCCUUGAAUUUGAGAUUGACCUGAAAGUGAAGGGCAAGGAGGAAUCUGAAGACACAAUUUUGUGCUGCAAAUACUUUGGUUACAACAACCUUGCUUACAAGGGGAAGGCUAGCUAUGCCAUAACAAAGGUGGUUUCAAGCGAGCAUAGUGCAAUCGAGGUCAGGUUCGCACAUGUGACAUGCUCCCUGGAGGCGACCAUCUCCAUCCGGAUGACUACCGGAUCAAGCAACUUUUGUGCGCGCAUCACCGCCGGCACCACGAGCAUCGGCGAGAAGGCAGUGCUGCUGGACACCCGAGGACGGGAGGUGUCCGUAGCCGAUGAUGGGAAGGUUGAUCUGCAGCGCAGCGUCGUGGUUGUUGAGGAGCAAGGCAAACUGAUCAUUGGCUUCGAGGCUGCGCAGCUAGGUGAAGAUGGCCAGAGUAGCAUUACUGCCGCAAGGGAGAUGACUUUACCUGCUAGAUGUGCCUUGAGAAGUGAAGGCUAUUUCACGAUUGGCACGACUAGGCUGCAUGUGUUGGUCGCUUGGUCACUGCUUCCUUGAGCAAUUUGGUGACGACAUUGGAAUGAUGAUAUGAUACCAGAUGCCUCUGUUAUGCUAUGACCUAGUAGUGAUGCUUCCUUGGAUUAUUAAGCUAUUAUGCUAUGACCCUGUAGUGCUGCUUCCUGAGAUGGAUUAUUAAGCUAUUAUAAUGCUAUGACCCUGUAGUGCUGCUACCUUAGAUGGAUUAUUAAGCUAUUAUAUGCUAUGACCCUGUAGUUAUGCAAUGACAUUGGGUAUGUAUGUACUCUUAACAUGUUAUUUGGUAAUGUGCCUACUUAACAACUGA